AUGGGCAUUGGACCGAGGACCUGGCACGAGUCAGGGUUCACGUGCACAGUCAGCGAUACAGACCACAGCACAGGAGCACGUGUCAGGCUCAGGGAUGGAACUAGACUUGAGGCCAAGUCGACGCUGGUCACAUUGGACUUGGCCUGGUGCAUGACGGCGGCGGUGUCCAAGGAGUGGUCUGAGGUACUGGGCCUGCAGUCGGAUCCAGUCUGGCAGUACAAGCACGUGAUCCAGUCACACGAAUGGCAGGUCGAGGACACGAAUUGGCACGUGCGCACGUCCUUGAUACGGCCAUCGAAUGACAGGCUGGCUGAGCUGGAAUGGACCGGUGACGUGCCCCCAGGUGACUUGGACUGGCUACGCGCCGUCGAGUACGUGGCCGAACAGGCCGGGUGCGGUGAUCGAAUGCAAUGGGCCCUGGACGCCUUGUUCAUGCGCUCGGUCCGUGUUGCUGAUGUACCAGUGGUCUACGCUGCAGAGUCGCCUGGUCCAGGACACGUGUAUUUGCCCAAGCCCAAUGGCGAAUCGGCCUGGCUCAUUGACAAUGGCUGCCUCUGGGUCCUCUGCAGGACUGAUCCAUCACUCACUGUCAUUGGUCACUACCUCAAGUCACAGGUCAACGUACGCACAUCGAAGCCGGACAUUGUCAGGUGCGAGUGGAUGCCUGACGGUCAGCUCAUUGCAAUUGGUCACCUUGCAAUUGGCCAGGAACCAGUGCCUGUGACAAGGCCGUAUGCCAAGCCGUGGCCGUUGGUCGAUAUCCUGGACUGUCCCCCGUGCCUGUACCGACGUCAUGAACUCAGCCUGGGUCGGAUCAACAGGCUUCUGGAUGCUGAGCCCCUGCCAUGCGACGGUGUCAUUGCAAUUGACUGUGACACGAGCCUCACGUACAGGAUCAAGCAGCCUGAGAUCGACCUGCUAGUGACACGUGACGGUCUCAUGGCCAGAGGAACAGGUACCGAUGACCUGGUCAAAGUCGGCAGUCUCGAUCACGUGCCAGUUGACCAGGUCAUUGACAAGGUCGCAGAGUACGCCCUGGCACUUGACAAGGACAACGUCGUCCGCCUGAAACCUCUCAGGAUCCGUAGUGACAAGGCCUUACCCAAUGCCAUUGACGUGGUCCAGGAUGCGUUGGCUGUGAUGCAGUCGUCACCAGGCGAGGACCUAACGUUCAGGAGGCGACUGACUGCUGCCUCGUUCAAUGUCCGCGACUACGUCUACUCGAGGUCGUACGAUGCCAGACGCAGGCUCAAGGCAAUCGUGGACGUGGGCACUGGCAGGUUCCAGGCAGCGUCAGCGUUCCGUGCACAGAACACAAGGUGGCUGUUCAUUGACCCCGACCUGGACGAGGACAGGGCCAGGAAGCUGGGUGCUGUCAGUGUGCCAUUGAACGAUGACUCGGUCCGGGCCAUGGUCUCCGAGCUCACAGGCAGGGGCCGGCGCCUGUUCUAUUGCAAGUGUACCCUGCGUGACCUCCUGGCAUUGGACGAGUUCAUGAGAUGGCUGGAACUGAACUCGGUACCAGUGGUCGCAGCAUUCAGUGCACAGCACGUUGUUAGAGAACUGAGGCAGCUGUCCCGUGCAGGCGUACCAGUGCUCGGAUGCUGUUACGUGUACGAUGCUGCGAAUGACCAUGGCUACGUCAUCAGACAGGGCGAUGUUGUCAUGAGACGCGAUGACGAUGACACUGCGACUGCGACAAUUGGCCCUGACACCUUCCAUGAGCCAGCAGUUGUACGUGCACACACCUGGUUUUCAUAG